AGUGUGAUCUCUUUUCUAUAUGAAGCCUGGUCGUCACUCUCACGCGGACACACAGAUAGAUAGUUGAUAUCCAUCAAGAUUUUUCAGGCUCCAAAAUGUCUUUUUCCUUCUUCUACUAGAUCUUUCACAAUUGAAUUCCUCAUCUCCCUUUCAUACAUACACCAAAUCCACUAAAGAUUUGAGUUCUCUUUUAGGCUCCUCUGCACAAAUACACAGGCUCUCUCAAAGUCAAAAAAAAAAAAAAAAAAAAGAACUCAAACCUUGUACUUUGGCUCAUGGUUUAUUUACACUUUUCCUCCAAGAACUAACAACUUUACUCCUUUUGCAGCUACAAACUUUUGUGUCUGUUUUUGGCCAUCCAGACUUGUGGUCGUGUGUGUGUGCGUGUGUUUUUUUCUCUCUUCCAUGAAAACCCACAUCUGAGUCUGAAAAAAUAUCCCACCUUUUUGUCAUCUUUCCUAUGCUUUACUUAGCCCUUUUGCCACUUCACAGCUUCAAAGGCCAAAAGCUUAUCCGACCCUCUAAAUAAAAUAAAAAACAAAUUCAGUUCGAGUCUCAAAACCACAAUUCACCAAUUCCACAUAAAGGUCCUAACUUGGGUCUCAAUCAGUCUCUUGUUUUCAUUCUACUGUACUUUCAAAACUAGUCAAAAAUCCAUAUUUCCACUCCCCAACUCAACCAAAUCCUCAACAAACCCAAUACUUGGUCCUCAAAGUUGGUCUCUUUUUUAUACAUUAAAAAAAGUAGUAAAAGGUUGUGAGAGACUCAAAAAGUGAAAAUGCAAGACCCAGCAUCAACAUUCCAACCUAUGAAACCCCAGUUCCCAGAGCAAGAACAGCUCAAGUGCCCAAGGUGUGAGUCCACAAACACCAAGUUCUGCUACUACAACAACUACAACCUUUCACAGCCACGCCAUUUUUGCAAGAACUGUAGGAGGUAUUGGACCAAAGGUGGUGCUCUAAGAAACAUCCCAGUUGGUGGUGGGAGCCGCAAGAACACAAAGAGAGCAUCAUCAAACACAAAACGUUCUUCUUCUUCUACUUCUUCAGCAUCAGCAUCAGCAUCAGCCCCAGCCUCGUCUUCUUCUUCAGUAUCAAAUUCUGUGGUGCAGAAUCCGGGUUCUGAACAUGACCCGACCCGGAUUUUUGGUGAUCAGGACCGUCGGAUGCUGGACAUCACUGGCAGCUUUAGUUCACUUCUGGCAUCAAAUGGGCAGUUUGGAAGCCUUCUGGAGGGCAUGAAUCCAAAUGGGUCGGGUUUGAAAAUGGUUCAAAUGGGUGAAUUUGCAGAGAAUUUGGAUUCGGGUAAUGUGUUGGAUGCGGGUUCGGGUCGAAACCCGGAAAUGGAGAUGCAGAGUAACAAUGGCAAUUCAGAGAGUUUUUUGGGUUUGCAAAAUGGUGAUUCAAGCUGUUGGAAUGGUGCCAAUGGAUGGCCUGAUCUUGCUAUUUACACACCAGAAACUAUGUUGGUGAAGACUGAAGAGAGCAUGAAUAACUCAAAGUUUUGCAUGUCCUAAAUGCUAUAGAGGGUGACAAACCACAAGGCCAAAACACUAGCCAUUCUAAAGGUAAAUGGUUCUUUUUUUUAUUUUGUUGUUUUUGUGUGGGUGACUGUUUGUUUGUAUGUGUUUUAUAUGGUAAUUGGAAAGGAGGAAAAAAGUUGAUAUCCCAUAUGGUAUUAUUAUUUGUUUGGGUGGUCUGGACUCUGGAGAGAUAAGGCAUUAGUAUUUGAUAUUUUAUCAUCAUCAACAACAUCAUAUUAUGCUAAUGCAAGAAGUGUUACCAGAUCUAUGCAUAUUGUAUAGUUUUGUAA